AUGAACCUUCUGAGCUGCGUGACUCUGGCCGCUCUGUGCGUCGCUCUGGACGCUGCGUACACACGACGCCCUCCUAAGGUGCAGCUGUACAGCCGGGAGCCGGGGCAGAUGGGUGAGGACAACACUCUGAUCUGCCGCGUGAGCCACUUCCACCCCCCGGACAUCAGCCUCAGCCUGCGGGGGGAGGACGGCCUGCUCCCGGACUCUGUGCAGACCGACCUGGCCUUCGGGCAGGACUGGCACUUCCACCUGACCAGGAGCGCCCCCUUCAGGCCACAGGAGGGAAAGCAGUACACCUGCAGAGUGGAGCACGGAGGGAAGUUGACGGAGGUGGUGUGGGACCCCAACAUGUGA